AUGCUCUCCAAUAUUCCCGUACCAAUGGAUUUGGAUGAUGCUGGCAACGUCGAGCCCAAUGAUAUGCAAGACGAGGAACCAAUAUUGUCACUCAAGAGAACCGCAACUUACUCCCUUGUUUCCUCCCGGCCCACCAAGCGUCGCAAAUUGAAUUCAUCUAUGGUUCCAAGUUCUGCUACAGCAUGGGCCAAACAAAUCAAUGAACGAUUCACUCCUUUGCUACCUGUCAUUAUUGAAGAUCCAGAAGAAGAAGACAUCAUCAUGAGUACUAUUGACUUGUCUUUGGGUGCUGGAUUGAUUGAUGACAACAGCAACUCUGACGUAUCAAGAGGAGACGACGAUGUUUUCUUCCCCAUGAACAAGAAGGAAGAGGAUUGGGACCGUCUGAAAUAUGUGGACUGGAACAGUCUUGAACACGCUCCACCUACAUCUACACCAACUACACCACCUGUUUCUAUUCUUCGUCCUGGAAGAAAAGAUUGGGGAUCACCUAGAACCACCAAUCGUGUCAGUUUCACCCUUACCAAUCGGAGAAGAAACUUUAUGCCAGACCAGGAAGAUAUACAAUCAAGAAAGAACCGAAUUCAAGAAAUUUACAGUCAGAUCAAGUAUCAUGAGCUGCGCAAGUGUUUUGAAGAACGACUGCUUCCUCAGCUGUGGAGUACUUUGAUGGCCAAGAAAAAGGCCAAGAGAAAGGUCAAGAAAAAGGCCAAGAAAAAGGCCAAGAAGAAGACAACAAAGGUUGAUUUCAAACCUACUCUUCCCGUCAUUACUGAAGAUCCAGAAGAAGAAGACGAGAACCACUUCGACUUGUCUUUGGAUACUGGAUUAAUCAAAGACAUUGAAAGGGAAGGUCCAAGCUUUGCACUUGCGCGCAAGAAUCACCGCCAAAUGCUUUGCACAACCGUCCUUCAUGAUAUGCUUUCCAAUAUCCCCUUACCAAUGAAUUUGGAUGACGACGGUGACAACGAGCCCAAUGUCAUGCAAGACAAAGCACCACGAUUGUCACUCAAGAGAACAGCAACUUACUGCCCUGUUGCACCCAGACCCACCAAGCGUCGCAAAUUGAAUUCAUCUACGGUUCCAAGUUCUGCUACAGAAUGGGCCAAACGAAUCAAUGAACGAUUCACUCCUUUGCUACCUGUCAUUAUUGAACAUCCAGAAGAACAAGAACAGGACAAUUUUAUUGAUAUUGAAUCCUCUUUAGAUGCUGAAUUGAUUGAUGACAGCAUUGAUUCUGCCGAGGAUCCUUUGGAGGAUACUAUCAGCGAUGAUGAAAUUCUGGCACCACCGCCCGAGCAAUCUGACGACAACACAGCUACUAUUGAUAUUCCUCCUGAUGGAAUGGGAUCCGGAUGGACCGAAUCUGGAAAGCGCUACAGCCUUCGACUGGCCAAGCUUCUCAUUCCACAUGCAGAGGAUCCUUUCACCGAAGCUUUGGGAUCUGGCAUGACGGAACAAGAAGGAAGACUGUACAGUCACCGAGUGGCGAAACGACGAAGCGGUACCAAUCAAAGAGUACAUUCUUGGUACGACUUUGAAGUAGAUGAAGUAUGA